UAAAUUUUUUUUUCUCAUUUAGAAGAUUUUGCACAGAGAAGGAAGCAUACUAUAAUUGAUAAGUUGUGGAGUUUAUACGACAACCUAGAGGACAGCGAAUUAUUUAAUGGCCCUGCUUUAGUGCUCAAAGCUCGAGAGAAUCAACUUCUGGAAGACGCUUUCCUGCUUUUGAUGGCACCUUCAAGGGUUCCGUUAAAUCAUUAUCGAUUCAUAAAGGCUUACAUCACGGACAGAAUUUCGAGCUUUUCUGGUCUUGAGAGAAGGGAACUGGAAGAAGACCAGACCGACGAGUUCUUCAAUCUGAUGACGGAGAGGCUGUUCUCUGUUGAGCACAAAGGCUUGUUCUGCAAUCCCAGCGAAGAUUCUACUUAUUUGUAUCCGAAUCACGGAACACAUUCUCAUCCUCGGUGGUUUGAGUUUGCCGGAGUAGUCUUGGCCCUCACCAUUGUGCACCAGCACCCUGUCAAGGUCAAGUUCCCAAAGUGCUUCUUCAACUGCUUCCUAGACAGGCCGCUAUGCCUUGAAGAUCUAGAAGAAAUUGAUCCUUUGUUCUACCAGAAAUUAGUAUGGAUAAAAGAAAAUGAUAUCUCAGAUCGUAAGAUGUCGUUCACGGUGAAGGAUUCUCUGGGUGGUGAAUCAAUGGAGUAUGGUUUGCAGAAAGGAACAUUAGUGACGGAAGAGAAUAAGUUCUGGUAUAUUGAACGGUGCUUGAAGUGGAUACUGGUCGAAAAAUGCCUAGAUGAAUUGAAGCACAUUAGAAGAGGAUUCAUAUCAGUGUUGGAUCCAAGCUAUUUAUCUGAUUUUACCGAUGAAGAAUUGCAACGACUUUGCAUGAAGUCAUUACAUGAGCUCGCCAGUAUAGAGGAUGUUCGCCAGGCCAGAGGAUCGGCCAGUGCAUUGGUCAAAAGACGUUCAUUUUGAUAAUAACAAAAUAUCUUGAUGGUCGAAACAUUUAUUUUUGUUUUCGUUUGUAUUUCCCACAUUAAAUUGCUUUUAAAGCU